CGGAAGGCCGGAUGAUCGAGGCGGUCCGUAGAUCGGUACGGAUAUUCACAUUGAUCUGACGCCAUUGAGGAUACAUAGUGAGACCGGGAUUGAGGGCGCUUCUGCAGCACGCUCUGCUCGCUAACAGUUGCAUAUAUGUAAUCUGUAUGCAAUCAUACCCCGACGUUAGGUGGUGGCGGUGAGAGCGGCGAGCGACAACGCUGCUGCUUCUUUCUGCUGCUGAGUCCGGGGUUGAAGCUUCGGCUAUGUUCGAGAAGCUGUCCGUCUCGAUCCUGGGCGACGCUCCCGCUGACGCGCCCUACCGCAUGUGGAAAGGUUUGCGUGCAGAAGGUUGGGACGCAGGACCGUUGUGGUCCAUUCAGUGUUUCAGUUGGGAGCCUCCUCUGUGGAAAAAGAGAUUGAUUCGGAGGCGAGAAGGACGCUGCAUGAUGCGCGCCUGCAGUCAAUCGAAGCUCCGUGGAAAUCUCGUGGAAGCUGCAAGGGGCAGAAAAGUCGGAAAAGAAGAAAAGAAAAAAAAAACUAAGGCGGUGCUGGAACUGGCCGAGCGCGCGCACAGACAGGGCAAGUUGACGUCUUUCCUCGAUUUGGAAUCGGGGCUUCUCGCGAUCCAACAAUUCAGACGGACUGCUCCCGUUUUGGGAAUUUGCUCGCUUUUGAUUUUCACUUUUUGGGCGUUUUCGUCGCUUGUUUGGGGGAUCGCCCAAAAUUCCCUUCUUGGCGCGGCAAGGCACCACUGUCAACCAUCUGGCCGUGAUUGACGGCGAUGCAAGGUCUGUGCGUCGCGUCGUGGGGCGCGCGGCCUGAUGGAAAGCUCCUUCCACCCCAUCCCAGUGCAGGCUAGCUCAGCGGGGCCGGCGCCACCCGGCCCAUAUCCUGUUAGUUACUGUGUGGAAUGCACUGUAGCCAGCCUGUUGUUUCCGCUCUGGA